CAGGUGUUCCAAUCCCCUCCAUAUCAUGUGAUUCAGGUGUUCCAAUCCCCUCCAUAUCAUGUGAUUCAGGUGUUCCAAUCCCCUCCAUAUCAUGUGAUUCAGGUGUCCCAAUCCCCUCCCAAUCAUGUGAUUCAGGUGUUCCAAUCCCCUCCCAAUCAUGUGAUUCAGGUGUUCCAAUCCCCUCCACAUCAUGUGAUUCAGGUGUUCCAAUCCCCUCCAUAUCAUGUGAUUCAGGUGUUCCAAUCCCCUCCAUAUCAUAGUCAAUAGCUAAAGACCUCCAAACUUGGUGUGGCCUUCAGAUGAGCCCAACAACAGUGUGUAGAGAGCUUCAUGGAAUGGGUUUCCAUGGC